AUGCCUUCUGCACUCACAGUCACAUUCGUGCAGUCGACCGUGCUAAAUGCCCUCUCCAACAUCCUCGCGCAGCUAAUCGACCAGCGCAACAACACCACCCCAUUCAAAUUGAACAUAUUGGCCCUACUCCAAUUCGUUUCUUACGGCAUCCUAAUUGUGCCCCUGAACUUCUACUGGCAACGCGCACUGGAAACACAGUAUCCAGGAUUUCCCUCACGCGCGGAGAUCUCAACGCUUUUCUCCUCGCGCUCAUGCAGUUUCAAAGCACUUUGCUCUCUCGCGUCUCUGCGCUCCUUUGUCGUCUCCCUUUGGCCGUGGUCUGCUGAUUCAGAUGCCCAGCUCCCGCAUCAUCGGGAGAAGGAGAAGGAGAAGAUGGCCGAGAUACAGGAGCAAACUCAAGGGCAGGCUUCCAGUCGAUGGGCGCCUCGCGUGAGGAAGUCCGGCCUGCAUGCUUUUAUGAUGAAGUUCCUUUUUGACCAGACUGUCGCCGGUGUGGUAAAUAUUGUGCUGUUUGUCUUUUUGAUUAAUGUUUUGAAGGGGGUUGCGCUUGGAAGAGUUUGGGAGUUGAUAAUUGAGGAUUUUCGGCCGAUUAUGAUCGCCCGGAUGAAAUACCGCCCGAUCGUGUCAACGCUGAUGUACACUGUCAUCCCCGUAGACCGGCGUGUCGUCUUUGGCAGUGCGUGUGGAGUGAUAUGGGGAAUUUAUCUCAGCUUGUACGCUGCAGUUUAA